AUGUGCCGCCGGGCCGUGGGCCAGUGCGACAGUCCGUGGACGCCGCAGCGCGGAAUGGCAGCCAACAUUGCCGCCCUCGUCUUCGUGGUCGCCACCGCUGCCAGCGCUCAUGCCUGUGAUUCGUCCCUCGUCCGGUGUGCUAAACUGCCAGAGUGGCUGGAGUGCCGGUCAGAUGAGGGCAGAGGCAGGAGGGCUCGUGUGACGCCCCUCCCCUCCCCUGUUGCAGACGACGCCGACGCCCAGACACGCGUGCAGCUGCAGCCGGACGACGCGGCGGACGCCCCCGACUACGCCGCCUUGCGCGGCUCUUGCACCCGGCGCUGCCGCCUGGGAGACGCGCGCACCUGCCGCUACCGCUUCGUCCUCGAGCACUACCACACCAUGAACGCUGCGUGCGGCGGCUGCCCCAGCAACCAGACGGCCUGCUUCGCACCGCAGUGCGUCGCUGCAGAUGGCGUCGAGCGGGGCUUCAUCGCCGUCAACCGACGCCUGCCCGGACCUUCCAUACAGGUGUGCGAGGGCGACCGCGUGGUGGUGGACGUGGAGAACCGGCUGCCGGGCCACAGCACGGCCCUCCACUGGCACGGCGCGCUGCAGCGCCUCUCCCCCCACAUGGACGGCGCGCCCGGCGUCACGCAGUGCGCCAUCCCGGCCGCCACCACCUUCCGCUACGACUUCGUCGCCGACACGCCGGGCACGCACUUCUGGCACUCGCACGACGGCGUGCAGAAGCUGGAGGGCGUGGUGGGCGCGCUCGUGGUGCGGCAGGCGCGGUCGCGCGACCCCUGGCUGGAGGCGCGGCUGUACGACCACGACCUGCCGGCGCACGUGGUGGUCGUGACCGACUGGCUGCGCACCGCCGCCGACCACCGCCUGCCGGGGCUCCGGAAGCGGCGCGCCGGCCAGAACCCGGACGCCUUCCUCAUCAACGGACGCGGCAUCGUCACGGACUCUGUGCCGGGCCCGUCGCUGGCUUCGCUGGUGCGGCCGCUGGAGCCGUGGCUGGUGGAGGCCGCCCUGGCCGCCGUGCCGCCCGGCCGCCAGCGGCACGACCACGGCCAGCCCGACCACGACCUCGGGCACGACCGCGACCGCGACCACGACCACGACCACGACCUCGGCCACGACCUCGACCUCGGACACGACCACGACCACGACCACGACCACGACCACGACCACGACCACGACCACGACCACGACCACGACCGCGGCCACGACCACGACCUCGAUCACGACCACGACCGCGGCCACGACCGCAGCCACGACCUCGAUCACGACCACGGCCACGACCGCGGCCACGACCGCGGCCACGACCACGACCACGACCACGACCUCGAUCACGACCGCGACCGCGACCACGACCACGACCGCGACCACGACCGCGGCCACGACCACGACCCGCUGCAGGCGGAGCCGCGCCGCCCCCGGCUGUGGAGGCCGUGGCCGCAGGCGCCGCUGGCGCGCCUCCACGUGGCGGCGGGCCGUCGCUACCGCCUGAGGCUGAUUGCCGCCACCUGCCUCGUCUGCCCCUUCCGCUUCAGCGUCCAGCACCACCGGCUCUCCGUCAUCGCAGCCGACGGCGCGCCCGUCCACCCGCGCACCGUCGACGGCGUCGUCAUGUGGCCAGGGGAGCGCUACGACGUGGUGCUGGAGGCUUCGCAGCCGCCGGCCGCCUACUGGGUGCACGUACAGGGCCUGGGGCCGUGCGCACCGCUGCGGCUCUACCAGCUGGCCACGCUGCAGUACGAGGGCGCCGCCUCCCGCCCUCUCACCAGGGACCCCGGGUACGCAGGGUUCGCCGCCGCCGAUGCCUACGCGGCGCCGGCACGCAUGCUGCCCUUCGACACGCCCCCACACCUGCGGCUCGCCGUCUCCUUCGGCUUCCACUUCUUCUCGGCGGGCCGGCUGUUCGCGCCGGGCGUCUACCGCCGCUACUUCCAGCCGCCGCUGCCUGUGCUCGUGGCGGGCACCAUGAACAACGUGUCGUUCGUGACGCCGGCCAGCCCGCUGCUGACCCAGCUGGACGACCUGCCCCGGGGCGCCCUCUGCUCCGGGGUGGGCGAGGGCCGAAGCUUCGCAGAGUGCACGCACGUCGUCCGCCUGCCGCUCGGCGCCACCGUCGACCUGCUGCUCAUCGACCAGUCGCCGGUGAUGGGCGGCCUGAGCCACCCGUUCCACGUGCACGGGCUGCGCGCCUGGGUGCUGGAGGAGGGCGUGCGGCCCCCGCCGGCUGCAGAGCAGUGGCUGCCUCGCAGCGGCGCGCCCCCCUCCAAGGACACGGUGGCUGUGCCUGCCGGCGGCUACGUGCGCCUGCGCCUGCUCGCCGACAACCCGGGCUUCUGGCUGAUGCACUGCCACUUCGUGUACCACCAGCUGAGCGGCAUGGAGCUGGUGCUGCAGGUGGGCGAGCUGGAGGAGAUGGCUCCACCCCCGCGGGGAUUCCCCACCUGCGGGGACUACCUGCCGCCCCUGUGA